ACAUGUCCAUUCAGUCCAAAACGGUUCAGUCACAGGAAAAGUCUCUCUUUUAUCGACUAGAUUCGUGAUUACAAGCUAUCCUGAUAAUGUUAAGCGAUCCGGAGUCGUUUAUAACACUGUAAUUUCUCUCAUCGCCGCGGGAUGUUACUAAACAUCAGGGACUGUGUCAUAACAAGAGGAGGAACCACAGGCUCGCUUUUAUUUUCUUCUAUUUCAAAUGUCACACCAGAGCGACUCCGAAAAUGACAUCUGGGAGUAUAAACCUCUGGAGAAGAAAAAGAAGAGACGGCAAGGAUCUGCAUCUGUGACCAGGCGAAAGUGCACGGCCAGGAAAACCUCCAAGUCACAGGAAAAUCAUCAGAAAGCCUCAGGAAGUGGAGAUCAUGCUCCAAACGGCUUCGGUGAGGAAUCCUGCAAACCUUUAGAUUCUGCUGCAAAGAAAAGUGAAGAUGAAGCGAAAGCCUCGUCCUCUGGAGAUUUCUGUCCCAUCUGUCAGAUGCCUUUCUUCAUCCUGGUGGUUCAGUCUCAACGCUGGCAUGUUUCUGAAUGUCUUGACUCCUCCAGGGACAAAUGCACAGAGUGUCCAGAUGGUCUUCGGUGCUCCUCCACCAUUCCAAAUCACUACAAGAAGUUCAAUCACACACUCCUGGCACAAAGCCGAGCAAACGGCGACACACCCACGGUCAGUCUGACCCAGCGAGCUGAGGACAGCAGCAGGGGGAACCGUCCCUGCUGUCUCCCCGGGCACUCCGACAACGACUCGGAUGGCUGCGUUGCAGAAACCUUUCAGGAUGACGCUCUCAAUCUUCCUGCCUCAUCCAGUCAAAGCAUUUCCCCGGAUCAUUGCCACAGUGGAACUCCUCCAGCAAAAGUUCCAAACGGCCUUCUCUUACUGCGUUCUCCCGGCCCAGAGGAUUUAAAGAAAAAGAAAGGCUGGCUUUCAUCCUCGCAAAGCCAGAAGUCAGUUACUAGCUCCCAAGAAAGUAAAAAGGAACUUUUAACCCCCCCUGUCAAGGAAGAAAGAAGACCGACUUGGGAAAGUUCGCCCAAAACUGAAGAUCUUCCUGAAUAUGAUGACGCAAUAUCCUACUCUCCUCUGUCUGAGCUCCCGGCAGAGUCUCAGCUCAUUAACGCUGAGUGUAGGAAAGCCCUUUUUAACAGCGGUGCAUCUAAAAACCAGGACGAAAACUCAGUGACUUUGUUUAGUGACAGCUUUUCAAGUGAAGAUGACCUCUUUGCUGAACUGAUAGAAAAUGAUAUUGAGGAAAAAAAGGAGUCGUCUUCCCCGAGCACCCAGCUGGCUUCAUUUACCUCAUCAGCUCCCACUAAUCAGGGAGCAGCAGACACAGCUGACAGAGAGUCACUGGGUAAGUGGAACCAAAUCAGCAAAACAAGUGUCCAGUCUCCACAGAGUAUUGUUUUGGAGCGCCUCAGAGACUCUCUCCUCAGUGCAGAGCACCAGUCGGCAGCUCCUCCGGUGCCUUCUUCUCAAAACUCCACUGACACACAGUCUCAAAGCAUGCCGCUGCACAAGGGCCACAGCAAGGCCAGCCAGGCGCCGGGACUCAGACAGACGGACAUCGGGGUGUUUUUCGGCCUCAAGCCGCUCAAGAAGAAGGAGGCAGAGGCGGGAGGACCGAAGGAAACGGACGCCUCCUCGUCUCCAGCGGUUGGUGAAAGCUCAGGACGGAGAAGGCAGAGGAGAGAAAGGCAGAGGAAACCUCGAGCUGACAGAGCCGCAGCAGCUUCACAGGCCACAGACACUGCAAAUAACAGCGACUUAGCUGAAGCUGAGGGCGAAGCAGGGAGAGGCGGGAGCAGAGGGUGGAAAAGGAAACGGUGGAACGGAACCAGUGCUGAUGGAGAAGUGCAGCCACGACGCUGUCCUUUCUACAAGAAGAUUCCAGGAACUAAAUUUGCCAUCGAUGCCUUCCGGUACGGCGAGAUCGAGGGAAUUACUGGCUACUUUCUGACACACUUCCACUCCGAUCAUUAUGGAGGGCUGACCAAGAGCGCCACAUUCCCAAUCUACUGCAACAGAAUCACAGGUAACCUGGUGAAGAGCAAACUGAAGGUGGCGGAGCGGUACGUCCACAUCCUGCCCAUGAACACGGAGGUCACCGUGGACGGGGUCAAGGUCGUCCUGCUGGACGCCAACCAUUGUCCGGGAGCCGCCAUGCUGCUGUUCUUCCUGCCCGACGGACAGACGGUCCUUCACACCGGGGACUUCCGGGCCGAUCCCUCGAUGGAGGCGUACCCUCAGCUGCUGGGCUGCAGGGUGCAGACGCUGUACCUGGACACCACAUACUGCAGUCCCGAGUACACCUUCCCGAAGCAGCAGGAAGUCAUCAACUUCGCCGCGAACUCGGCCUUCGAGUCGGUGACCCUGAACCCUCGCACGCUGGUGGUGUGCGGCUCCUACUCGGUGGGGAAGGAGAAGGUGUUUCUGGCCCUGGCAGAGGUCCUGGGGUCUAAAGUGUGCCUGUCUCGGGACAAAUACAACACCAUGUGCUGUCUGGAGUCGGACCAAAUCAGAGAGCGUGUCACCACAGAUUGGAGAGCAGCGCAGGUCCACGUGCUUCCCAUGAUGCAGCUCACCUUCAAUCACAUGUUCCCGUGUUCUCCCAGUGAGCGGCAGCAGCGUCCACCGACAACAGCAGGGUUUAAAUUUACUUUAACAUGCUGCUCGUCAUGAGAAAAGCCGCACGGUGUCUCCGCAAGAGACGAGGCUCUUAAAAUCGUCAUCUAUACGGCCACAGAUAAGUCCCAGAGUCGGUAUAAUUCACGCUCCGCUUGGCACAGAAAGGCUGACCUGAAGGAAACAGAUGCUGCAGUUUAGGGAUUUUGUGUGUGUGUGUGUGUGUGUGUGUGUAAACUAAUAGCACACACUUCUGCAGUUUAAGCAAAGACGGUUAUUGCAGAGUAACGAGAGCAGGGACAUUGAAACGGCCAUUACAUUAGUCUAAAGCGUGACAUAAAUGCACCGAGAGACGCAUAAAAAAUCUGGAUAUCUGUAAUUCAGAGGCUCAGACUAAACGAAGGACAUUAAGCUGAAACAGCGUGGCAAAUCAUUUCAUAUUUCACUUUCUCAUCUCGAUGCGAC